AUGCCGGCCAAGACGCCUGUUAGCUACCCCUCUGAGAUGGAGGGCAUUGAUUCUCACGAUGCCAUGACUGAGUCUGGCUAUGUUAGUGCUGGCUCUGGCUCCAGCGAGGACUACGUCCCCGAGAUUGUCUUUACCAAGCCUCAUCUUCAGUUCCUCAACCGCCAGUUACAAUUCCUUGAGCCACAAGAGAUCCUGAGAUGGUGCAUUACUUCUCUGCCCCACCUUUUCCAGACCACUGCUUUCGGUCUCACUGGUCUUGUUACCCUGGAUAUGCUAUCCAAGUUGGAGGUGCCCCGCCCCCAGAUGGUCGACCUCAUCUUCCUUGACACUCUUCACCACUUUGACGAGACCCUGUCUCUGGUCGACCGUGUCCGCAGACGCUACCCCAACAACAACAUCCACGUGUACAAGCCUGCUGGUGCUGAGACCGCCGAAGAGUUCAAGGCCAAGUACAGUGACCGCCUCUGGGAAACUGACGAUGCUCUCUACGACUGGGUUGCCAAGGUCGAGCCUGCCCAGCGUGCCUACCGUGAAAUGAAUGUCCACGCUGUCCUCACUGGCCGCCGCCGUAGCCAGGGUGGCAAGCGUGGUGACCUCGACAUCAUCGAAGUUGACGAGGCUGGCCUUAUCAAGAUCAAUCCCAUGGCCAACUGGUCUUUCGACCAAGUCAAGGCAUACGUCAAGGAGCACGACGUUCCAUACAACGAGCUACUCGACCGUGGCUACAAGAGCAUUGGUGACUGGCACUCCACCCAGCCCGUUGCCGAUAACGAGGACGAGCGGUCCGGUCGCUGGAAGGGUCAGCAGAAGACCGAGUGUGGUAUCCACAACCCUCGCUCCAAGUAUGCCCAGUACCUGAUGGAGAUGGAACGCAAGCGCCAGGAAGAAGCCCUAUCUCAGGCUCUGCAGUCCCAAGUGGCUCCUGUUUAA